AUGCUGAGAAUAAUUCAAGGAAUGGCUCAGGGUAAUCGCACCACUGUGACCCACUUCAUCCUCCUGGGACUGACAAGCCAGCCCAAGCUGCAGACUCCUCUCUUUGUAAUCUUCUUAAUGAUUUAUCUCAUCACCCUGACGGGCAACCUUGGGCUGAUCACAUUGAUCAAGACCAACCCCCAGCUGCACACUCCCAUGUACUUCUUCCUCUGCAAUCUGUCUGUGGUGGACCUUUGCUACUCCUCUGUCUUUUCUCCAAAGCUGCUUAUCAGCUUCUUGGUGGAAAAGAAAACAAUUUCUUACUCCGCCUGCUUUGCCCAGCAUUUCUUUUUCCUUGUGUUUGUGACCACAGAGGUGUUCCUGCUGGCUGUGAUGGCGUACGACCGCUACGUAGCCAUCUGCAACCCACUGCUCUAUGCUAUUUCCAUGCCCAGGAGAGUUUGCAUUCAGCUGGUGGCCGGGUCAUACACUGGGAGGAUUUUAAACUCAUUAAUCCAGACGUGCUCCUUGCUGCCAUUGCCUUUUUGUGGACCCAAUGUCAUCAACCAUUACUUCUGUGACACUAACCCUCUGCUGAAACUCACCUGCUCUGAUGACCACCUCAACGAGCUUUUGCUCGUAACCUUCAAUGGGACCAUUUCCAUGUCUGUGCUUGUCAGCAUCAUCAUCUCAUAUGUGUACAUCCUCUUCUCCAUCCUGAGGAUCAGGUCUGCCAAAGGAAGGCACAAAGCCUUCUCCACCUGUGCCUCCCACCUCCUGACAGUCACCUUGUUCUACGUGCCCGCAGGGCUGAGCCACAUGCAACCAGGCUCCAAGUACUCACUGGAGAUGGAGAAAGUCACCGCUGUGUUUUACACCCUGGUCAUCCCUAUGCUCAACCCUCUGAUCUACAGCUUGAGGAACAAGGAGAUCAAGGAUGCACUUAGGAAAGCAACGGCAAAUAACAUUUUGAGGGGUUGCCUACUGGCCAAACUGAUCCCAAUCAGUUGA